AUGUGGUCAUUUUUUGUGUUACUUUCCUGUAUCGCCAAUGUUCUAGGCGAUGAAUCGCGUGUUGUAAAUACAGCUCAAGGACCAGUGCGCGGGCGCCUUAUCCCCGGUGGGGGCGUCUAUGGAUUCUACAAUAUUCCUUACGCGUCUGCUCCAACAGGAGCUGACAGAUAUAAGGCACCUCGUCCUCCACCCACAUGGCUAACAACAUUUGAAGCUGAAGAUCGCAAGAUUAUGUGUCCGCAACGCUUUGCCAGUGGAACUAUGAACAUCCAGGAAGACUGCCUUGUGGUCAACGUGUUCGUCCCCGACACGGAAGAAACUAAUUUACCUGUACAUGUCUAUAUUCACGGCGGAGCUUACCAAUUUGGUUUUGGUUUACAGGAAAAAUUUACUGAAUUAGUAAGAAGUAAAAAAAUGAUUUCAGUAUCUUUUAACUAUAGAUUAGGGGUGCACGGAUUCCUGUGUCUAGGCACUGAAGCUGCUCCCGGUAAUGCGGGACUGAAGGAUAUGGUAGCACUUCUUCGUUGGGUAAAUACUAAUAUUGCUAGUUUCGGAGGUAAUCCUGAUGAUGUAACUUUAUCUUCGUGUAGUGCUGGAUCUGGUGCACUAGAUUUCCUGACUGUGUCAAGUCUUACUAAUGGUCUUUUUAAGAAAGUUAUUCAGGAAAGUGGUACUGUUAUCGGUGCUGUUGGAGCACAAGUUGAUCCCAUCCAAAAUGCUAGGAACUACGCUGCGGUACUAAACUUCGACAAUGUCAAUGAUUUGAACAGUUUAGAAGAAUUCUAUAAAAGCGUUAGUAUCCAGCAACUUGUUUCACGAUCUGAUGCUAUAGUUAAUAAUGAAGGCGUUACUUCACGAUUUGGACCAUGUGUAGAACGAGAUGUUGGACAAGAAAUAUUUUUAUCAGAUGCUCCCAUGAAUAUAUUGUCACAAGGGAACUAUACAAAUGUGCCUCGGAUGUAUGGAUUCACUAAUAUGGAUGGUUCGGUGAGAUUUUCAGUUUUCGAUACAUGGAAGGAAAUGAUGAACGAAAAGUUUUCAGAUUUUUUACCUUCAGAAUUACACUUUGAUAGUGAAGAAGUAAAAGAGCAAGUUGCCGAGAGAGUGAAACAAUUCUAUUUUGGAGAUAGUCCCGUGGGUGACCAUAAUUUUUUGUCAUACAUUUAUUAUAAUACUGAUGUUCUAUUUUCAUAUCCAAUGCUGAAAACCCUUUCAACUCGUGUAGAAGCUCUCGGAGAUUCAAUAUAUUUGUUUGAAUAUACCUUUGUGGAUGAGAAUUCCCCAGGUUUUCCACAAACUGACGAAAUUGGUGCCAGACAUUGUGCUCAAGAAAUGAUUGUCUCGGACGGAGAUGUAACCACUGCUACAGAUGAAUUUAAGCGAAUGCAGGAAAUCGUGAGAAAUUAUUGGAUGAGUUUCAUUUCCAAUGGUUACCCAUCAUCCAGUGACCCCAGUUUGCCAACAUGGAGACCUGCGAAUGCUCAAAGAUCUCCUCACAUGUCUUUGGGUCGAGACAUAGUGCUGAAGGAAAGCAGCCCUAUUCCGGAGAGAGCAGCUUUCUGGGAUGAAAUCUUCGAAGAACAUUUCCGAGGUCCCAUUCUAGACACGGAUCCUGUCGCUCCGACUCCUACUCCUACUCCUGGCGCCGCCUCUUCUUUAGUUAUCUCAAACAUAGUUUUGGUAGCUCUAUUGUUAUCUUUUUAUUUAACUUUGAACGUGUAUUAAGAUUUAACUCACUGUAAGUGAACUUAUGUAAUACUAGCUACUCUCGCGCGGUUUCACCCGUUGCUCAGCUCCAUUUAAUCGAAGCGUGAUGUUUUAUAGCCUAUAGCACUCAGGAAAAUUGUAGCUAUCUAUCAGUGAAAGAAUUUUGGAAAUCCG